AUGGACUUUGAAAUAAUAAAUAUAAAUGUUUGUGUAUAUGCAAAGGCAGACUUUUCUCCAAAGUAUUCUAAAACUGAAAUCCUUUUCAAGUCAUUGAUUGGCUGGAGGAAUGUCACACGGCUGCUGGUGUUUUCCACGGAUGCUGGGUUUCACUUCGCUGGAGAUGGGAAACUUGGUGGCAUUGUUUUGCCAAAUGAUGGACAGUGUCACCUGGAAAAUGACGUGUACACAAUGAGCCAUUAUUACGAUUAUCCUUCUAUUGCUCACCUUGUCCAGAAACUAAGUGAAAAUAACAUUCAGACGAUUUUUGCAGUGACUGAAGAAUUUCAGCCUGUUUACAAGGAACUGAAAAAUUUAAUCCCUAAGUCAGCAGUAGGAACAUUAUCAGCAAAUUCCAGCAAUGUUAUUCAGUUGAUCAUUGAUGCAUACAAUUCCCUUUCCUCAGAAGUCAUUUUGGAAAACAGCAAAUUGCCAGAAGGAGUAACAAUAAACUACAAAUCUUACUGCAAGAAUGGAGUGAACGGAACUGGAGAAAAUGGGAGAAAAUGCUCCAAUAUUUCCAUUGGAGAUGAGGUUCAGUUUGAAAUUAGCAUAACUUCAAACAAAUGUCCGAAUAAGAAUUCUGAAACCAUUAAAAUUAAGCCUUUGGGCUUCACUGAAGAGGUAGAGAUCAUUCUUCAGUUCAUCUGUGAGUGUGAGUGCCAAAGCGAAGGCAUCCCCAGCAGUCCGAGGUGCCACGAGGGAAACGGGACCUUCGAGUGUGGAGCUUGCAGGUGCAACGAGGGACGUGUUGGUAGACAUUGUGAAUGUAGCACAGAUGAAGUUAGCAGUGAAGAUAUGGAUGCUUACUGCAGGAAGGAAAACAGUUCAGAAAUCUGCAGUAACAAUGGGGAAUGUGUCUGCGGACAGUGUGUUUGCAGGAAAAGGGAUAAUACAAAUGAAAUUUAUUCUGGCAAAUUCUGCGAGUGUGAUAAUUUCAAUUGCGAUAGAUCCAAUGGCUUGAUUUGUGGAGGAAAUGGUGUUUGCAAGUGCCGUGUGUGUGAGUGCAACCCCAACUACACUGGCAGUGCUUGUGACUGCUCUUUGGAUACGACCUCAUGCCUGGCCAUCAACGGGCAAAUCUGCAAUGGCCGCGGCAUCUGUGAGUGUGGUGCCUGCAAGUGUACAGACCCAAAGUUUCAGGGGCCAACCUGUGAGAUGUGUCAGACCUGCCUUGGCGUCUGUGCAGAGCAUAAAGAAUGUGUUCAGUGCAGAGCCUUCAAUAAAGGAGAAAAGAAAGACACAUGUGCACAGGAAUGCUCACAUUUCAACAUUACAAAGGUUGAAAAUCGGGACAAAUUACCCCAGCCAGGCCAGGUUGAUCCUCUGUCCCAUUGUAAGGAGAAGGAUGUUGAUGAUUGCUGGUUUUAUUUCACAUAUUCCGUGAAUGGGAACAAUGAGGCCAUUGUUCACGUUGUGGAGACACCAGAAUGCCCCACUGGUCCAGACAUCAUUCCAAUUGUAGCUGGUGUGGUUGCUGGAAUUGUUCUUAUUGGCCUUGCAUUGCUGCUCAUUUGGAAGCUUUUAAUGAUAAUUCAUGACAGAAGGGAAUUUGCCAAAUUUGAAAAGGAAAAGAUGAAUGCCAAAUGGGACACGGGUGAGAAUCCUAUUUAUAAGAGUGCCGUGACGACUGUUGUCAAUCCGAAGUACGAGGGAAAAUGAGCACUACCUGUGCGGAUGUCACCACACUGAGUGCAAACUAGUAGUCCUUGUAGCCACAGUAAAGUAGCUUUAGGGUCCGCACCACCAUGGUCUUACUCAUCUGUAGGUUUUGAAAAUGUACAAUAUGUAUAAUUUAAAAUUUUUUUAUUAUUUUGAAAAUAAUGUUAUGAUCCAUGCCAGGGACUGACAAAAGACUUGAGACAGGAUGGUUAUCCUUGUCAGCUAAGGUCACAUUGUGCCUUUUUGACUUUUUCCUCCUGAACUAUUGAAACCAAGCUCUUUGGAUUAAGCAGUUUUCUAGAGUGACUGAAAGGGUAGUUAAGGAGUAUGAUGAGAGUUUCUAUUCAUCAUGUAUUAAAACUGAUUGAUAGCUUUACAGAUACAUCAGGUUUCAGUUGUACAGAAUCCAAAGUAUAUGUCCUACUAGCUAGUUUAGAAUUAUUUUAAAUUUGUUGUUUUGCUCUUUGCCUGGUAGACUGACUGAUGACAUCUGAAAGAUGAAUGUUAGGAGUUAUUGGUGUGAAAUAGUUUUGAAAUAUUUGAACUACAGUCAGGCCAUGGGAAAAGAGUUAGGAAGGGAAAACAUAGCUUUAAAACCUGUGUGCCAUUUUAAGAGUUACUUAAUCUUGGUAACUUUUAUGCCUUCUCUUUAUAAAUUCCAGCCUUGGAUAAAAGUAUUGGGAAUUUUCUGCAAAAGAGUCCUUGAUUUAGCAUUAUUUACAUAAAUGCCUUAAUUUGCAUAUUUGCUGAAUGGGGGACCUUUGGGUGAAUUUAUGUUACUCAUUUUGUUUAAAGCCAGGUGCUUUUUAUCACUCUUCUAAUCAUUUAAUGUAUUUGUUUGCAAUUUGGGGGUAAGAUGUUUUUUAUCAGUACUUUGUCUCUGAUGUUGUGGCUGUAAAUUUGCCUUUUUAACUGACAUGUAAAGUCAUCCUGCGGCCUGUGCAGCAGCCCUCCCUGCAGCUGAUGCGAGGGUGACCGCUGUGUAUUUCCUUCUGGCUGUUCAAGUUGCCUGUUUUGUUUGAUACUAGUCACAUUCUUGUUUUAAGUGCCUUUUAAUUUUAACAGUUCACUUUUUACAAUGCUGUUUACUGAAGUUAUUUAUUAAAUAAAAAUGCCUAAAAUAUUUCAA